AGGUCUCACACAUUUGAAAAGAAGGACAUCACGUGUGUUCGGAUGCGGGUAGACUUCUAGCUACUGUACAUUAACACCACCACUAAAUAAAUAUUCACUUGUGUUAUACCUCGAGAUCCAUUCGUAAAAGAUGGCUGAUCAAGGUUUAUCUUUAAUUCUCUGCUGCAAAUGUGGCGUUCAAAUUUAUUCUAAUACUGCAAACAUGUGCUUCACAUGCCUAUCCAGUGAAGCGGACAUUGCUGAACAUAUCGACCGUCAAAAUACUGUGACUUUUUGUCCGAAAUGUGAACGUUAUUUAAAUCCACCAUCUAAUUGGGUUUCUGCCGAACCAGAGUCACCAGAAUUGCUUUCAUUAUGCAUCAAGAAGAUCCGUGGACUGAAGAAAGGUUUGGAAGUUCGGAAUGCUAGGUUUAUGUGGACGGAGCCUCAUAGUAGAAGAAUAUCUAUAGAGAUAACCGUGCAGGGAACAUUACAAACAGGUGAUCGUGUUGAACAGCAAAUUCCAAUCAAUUUCACAGUUCACACUCAACAAUGUACCUCAUGUACUCGUAACGCUGCCAAAGAUUUUUGGAAUGCCUGCGUCCAAGUUCGUCAAAAAGUCGAUCAUAAAAAAACACUAUUGCAUUUAGAACAAGUCAUUCUUCGGUCUGGUGCACAUAAAACUUGUUCAAAUAUCAAGCAAGUUUCAGGAGGUAUUGACUUCUUUUUCAGCACUCGUUCACAAGCAGUCACGUUUGUGAAUUUUCUCUCCAAACGUUCUCCUUGCCGCUAUCAAACUGCACAACAUUUAAAGUCGCAUGAUGUAAACAAUAAUACUUACAAUUACAAAUACACAUUUUCUGUGGAAAUUGCACCAGUUUGUAAAAAUGACAUAGUUUGCUUAUCUCGAGCUCAGUCACAAAAGUUGGGUGGUAUCAGUCAGUUGUGUGUUGUCAGCAAAGUUACCGAUGCCAUUCACUUAAUCGAUCCUUUAACUUGUCAAGUUUGUUAUGUAGACAGUAAGGCUUAUUUCUCAUCUCCAUUCAUGUCAAUUACAACACAAAAACGCUUUUCACCAUUUGUCGUACUUGAAAUUGAAGAACAAAGAGAUGAUUCUAGCCAAAUGAAUUCUUCCAAAAAAUCAUACACUACAUCAAGUACUUCAUACCCCGUCGGUGCAAAGUUGUCUCAAAAACACUCACCGGUUUCUGUAUGGGUAAUGAAAGAUCCAUCUAACGAGACAGGUUUAGUCCAGCUUGAUAAUGAAUCGGAUUGUGGUAUAAUUCAUACUAGAUCACAUCUUGGCCGUAUUUUACAUCCUGGAGAUAAAGUACUUGGGUUAGAUUUGCGAAAUUGCAAUAUAAACAAUACAGAAUUUGAAAAACUUCCAGAAGAUAAAAUUCCUGACAUCAUACUAGUUUUACGUCCCAGCCAGUCAAAGAAUGCAGCUGGGGAUAAAAACAACGGACCAAGUAAACGUAAGCGCAUUCGAAAACAUUCAUUGAAUGCAGCAGAUUCUGAAUGUGAUACUUCUACCCAGGCAGUGAAUACAAACUUCUCAUCAUCAGAGGAUGAGUAUGUGUCAUUCGGUGAGGAGGACGAGGAUGAAACACUUGAAUUUUUCAAUAUGGACACUAGUUUUGAUGAACCCAAUGAAGGAACAUCAUUAAAUUAGCCAUAGUUUCAUGAAACCUAACACAAUAAUGAAACUCUCAGAGGUGUAUUUAUAAUUCACUGUUGUAUUUAUUUUGCUUUUUAUUGAUAUUAUUUUCGGAUGAUUUCUCAUAAAUAAAUACUGAUUUCAACAACAAUUUUGUUUAUAUCAGUCAUAUCAUUAUGUUAAAGUGAUAAAGUGAUUCAUCUCUUUUCUUGUCUGAAUAAAGUUAUGUUGUAGUUUUUUUUAUUCAACGUUUGUUGGACAUUGUCGUUGCUUUCUUUCUUCUUUUUAUGUUAAGGUCGAUGGUUACAGAUUUUGUGUUUGAAGUAAACAUUCACAGUUUAUCUCGUGUGAAAACUUGCAAAUAAUCACACAGUAGCAUAGGAAACAAGCGUAACUUAUAUUUCUCAAUGUCUUUAAGUAAAAAAAUUUUCGUCCAUCGUAAGGAUAGUGUUACAUAUAGAAUUUGUACAAUUUAAGCACUCGAACGCAAGUUAGAAGACAAGACGAGCGGAAGGGAAUCUUGUUCCAGACAGUGUCAAAUAUGGUACAAAACACUCGGGUGUUUGCAGUUUUUAGUAUAAACGAAAUCAUCAUUAUAGUCAUCCAACCCGCAUGCAGUGAUUUUUAGCAUUUAUCCAGUCGAAAAGGUACACAUCAAGAUUCUAGAAUAUUCCAAAAGAUGAUUGGGUGGAAUGUCUUCGGCUCUUUCAGGGCUUCCUGAAGUUCACUGGGGGCCGUCCCCACACUUUUGUAUAAGACUUUCUGCUCCUGUUCACUUGAAAUUUGGUUACCGCCUUUCUCUUGCUGUCCGUCACUCUUGAAGUUGGCACUGUCUUGGCAUUUCGUAUUUUACAUCUGCUUUCGUUCUCUUUACGGCUUUUUUGAGAUGAAUCCACGAGCAUUUAAAACGGGAGUCGACUUUGUCUAAUCGUUAUUCCUUUUGAAUUUGAUUGACAUAUCUUAUAAAAGUCCAAACACUUCUCCGAACUAAGUGCAGUCCAUUUCCAAUCCGACGUUC